AUGGCUGACGCAGAUCAGAAGCGCGAACGACUGCAUUCAACAGUCCGAUUGAAUCACUUUACACUGCAGUUCGAAGAUCCAGCACUAGAGAAAGUCUAUCAAGCUGAAUUAUAUCCCCGGAAGAAAGCACUUUGGUUGCGUUCGCUGCUCCCAGCUGCAGCCUCUCAACUUCUAUUCGCCCUAGCCGAUGGCCUUGAUUUUUCAAUUGAAAACCUCUUAAUAUCUAUUCCAACACGCAUUUUCAUAGCAAUGUUUCAAGUGGCAAUGUAUAUCCUUGUCCGAUGGGAUCUCGUCCGUGCUCAAGAACAAACAAUCGUGUUGGUAUCUGGAAUCAGCGGAAUCGUCACUCUCCUACUUUAUACUCUCCAACGUUCAAGUCUUUGUCAUUGGGAUGCUCUUUUUGUAACCUUUGGACUCUCGUUCUAUACCAUCCCCAAGAUUACACCUCUUGGUUACGUCUCGUCAUUCUAUGGAAGUUGGAGCACUACCUUCUUCUAUUCAAUUCUUGCUUUUACCAUUCAAUCACCAUUGAAACGAGCUCCAGUAAUCCUCAGUAUGUGCUUUCUAGUGCCAAUGGUUUGGAUCUUUAAUACCAUUGCCUACUCUUCCGAAUAUCAUGCUCGAGAACGUUUUGCUUUACGACGUCGAUUAAGACGCGAACGAAUUACAGUCGCAGUUGCAUGUGAUGAUAGAGUACAUCAAAAGGAAGAGAAUGGAUGGGUUGUUUUCAACUUACUAUCAUUACAUGGGUUACUAGCUGCAAAUCGAAAGGGUACAACUUCAUUUCUUCUUGCAGUGAUACUUUGGGGAAUGAUGACAUUAGGAGGAUGGACAUCAUUACCAAAAGGUUUGAAAUUUGUUGAUGAAGCCACAGGAUGGGCGUGGUUUAGUCAUUGUGCAGGAGGGACAGUAUUUCUUGUAUUACGAACGAGAAGGUUACGUUGGGUUGUGAUUGUACCCGUUUUGGGAGCUUUUGUCUUAUAUCUAUUGACUCUUACUAUUCCUGCUUCGUGGAUUAUCAUCUCAGCUCAUAGUGUUGGAUAUGGUUUACUUUUGGCUUCAAUUAUCUUAACAAUGGGUGUCUUUGGAUGGUUUCUAUGUGCUUGGCGACAACUUGUGAGUUUCUUAACCCGAUCGUGUUUUUUAUUUCCUCAAUUACAAGCAGGAAUGGAACAAGAAUAUCCACUUCUUGUAAGGAUUGUAUCUGAAUAUACUGCAGGAUUUGAUCCUGAGAUUCUAGCAGCUCGUGUACCAAUAACAACAGUAAGUAAAACACUUGGGACUCAAUGUACGGAUAGAAUUGAAGAUGGAAAUGUCAAAAUGCUUGCGACUUUUCAAGAUACCAAUUCAAUGGUUCAGAAGAAAGAUGAGAUGAAGUUGAGUUCGAAUGAUUGUACGAUCAAAAGUUCACAUUCUAUGAUCACAAAGCAUAAAGAAUCAACUUUUGCUACAAGAUCUACAAUCAUGUCGGUCUUACCAUCAUUUACACCUGGUAAAUGUUUCUUUUGUUCACAAAAUGAAGCGGAACAUUUGGUACCUGCUUGUGGAAUGUGGGGCAAGUGGACACAUUGGCGAAUGAAUCAACACUUUCCUUCAUCUCUUGAUUCUAAAACUUCGAAAAUCUCGUCAAACGUAGCCAUGUGUACUUCAUACUAUGAUCUUCAAAAGACAAAACAAGAGUUAGAAGUUCAAAUUGAAGAUGAAGAGAAGAAAGUGAAGAGUCUUUUGAAACAAAAUCAAGAUUUAAAAGAACAAGUCAAGAAGGGAGAGAUGGAAAAACUACAACUCAUGACAAAAGUUUAUGCUAUGGAAGAGAAACAUUCACAUGAAAUUCAACAAAAGGAGAUGCAAUGGAAUCGAAAACUUGCACUUAUGCAGCAAGAAUUCAAUCAAACUCUUCAACAUCAUAAACUUGAAAUUGAAACAACUACAAAAACCUUUUCAAAUGCUUUGAAAACCAAUGAAUUACAAGUUGAAACGCUAGUUACUCGCCUUCAAAGUGCUGAAACUGAUGUUCAAAGUCUUCGUUUGAAGUUAGAGACGAGUGAAAAGAAUGUUUUCAAAUGGAAAACUCAAGCAACAGCAUCUCUUGACAAGAAACUUCAUUCAACGCACGUCUUGUGUUCUCCCUCCAAGCUUCAAACGUUUCCUUCUUCAAGACGUUUACCAUAUGCUCAAUCGUUAGAAAUUGAAGGAUUACGAGAAUCAAGUCGAAAGUCCAAAGAUGAAGUGGAUUAUUCAAAACAAUGGCAACGAUUUCAAGCUGAAACAUUAGAAUAA